AUGUUACAUCAAGUAACUCAAAUGCUGGAAGAAAAUUUUGGUGGGUUUCCAUUAACGUUAUUACUGCAUGAACAUAAAUCUAAAAUGCUUCAUAAGAAGUGUGUUCGCUAUACAAAUGCUAUGAAAGACUUUGCUAAAACCCUUUUUUUUUAUUCACCUAAAGCUUAUAAAUAUGUACGCAAAAUGUUCACGCUACCGCAUCCUUCAACUAUUAGAAAAUGGUUAAGUAGUACGGAAUGUGAACCUGGCUUCUUGGAAGAAGUAUUUUUGUUUUUGAAACAAGAAGUUUCUAAAAAUUCUUGGCUUCAAGAUUGUUCACUUGUUCAUGAUUCAAUGUCUUUAAGAAAGCAACUAGUUACUAGUUAG